AUGCACGCCUGCCGCCUGCCGUUCCUCCUGCUGCACGCCGGGUGGGCCCUGCUCCAGGCGGGCGCCGCGACGGUGGCUCCCGUGCCCCUUCGUACGCGUGGGGAGCCCUCGUCGCCGUCCCCUCUCGCGUAUAUGCUGAGCCUCUACCGCGACCCGCUGCCCCGGGCAGACAUCAUCCGCAGCCUGCAGGCGCAAGAUGUGGAGGUGGAUGGGCAGAACUGGACCUUUGCUUUUGACUUCUCCUUCCUGAGCCAAGAAGAGGAUCUGGUGUCGGCUGAGCUCCGGCUGCAGCUGUCCAGCCCUGCGGACCUUCCCCUUGACGUCCCGCUCUCCAUUGAGAUUUUCCACCAGCCGAAGCUGGAUGCGGAUCAGGACCCAGCCUACUGCCUGGAACGUCUUCGGAUGGACCUGUUCACUGUCACCCAGUCCCAGGUGACCUUUUCCUCAGGCAGCAUGGUCCUGGAGGUGACCAGGCCACUCUCCAAGUGGCUGAAGCACCCUGGGGAGCUGGAGGAGCAGAUGUCCACUUUGGCUGGAGAGUGUUGGCAGCAGCCUCCCACACCGCCUGUCGCUGACGUGCUCCUCAUGCUUUACUCCAACCUGUCCCCAGAGCAGAGGCGGCUGGGCAGCUCUACCUUGCUCUGGGAAGCUGAGAGCUCCUGGCGGGCCCAGGAGGGACAGCUCUCCCGGGAGAGGGACAGGAGGCACCGUCGACAUCACUUGCCAGACAGAAGCCAACUGUGUCGGAAGGUCAAGUUCCAGGUGGACUUCAACGUGAUUGGAUGGGGCUCCUGGAUCAUCUACCCCAAGCAGUACAAUGCCUAUCGCUGUGAGGGCGAGUGUCCUAACCCCGUGGGGGAGGAGUUCCAUCCGACCAACCACGCCUACAUCCAGAGCCUGCUGAAACGGUACCAGCCCCACCGGGUCCCUUCCACCUGCUGUGCCCCAGUCAAGACCAAGCCACUGAGCAUGCUGUACGUGGACAACGGCAGAGUCCUUCUAGACCACCACAGAGACAUGAUCGUGGAAGAAUGUGGGUGCCUUUGA